AUGGCCAGCGCUGGAAGUAGUAGCUCAUGGAACGUGCAGGCGAAGCUGAGCCAGUUGGCGGAGCAAGCGGACGAGGAGGAUCGACGCACCCGUCGCCGGAAGCUUCUCUGGUGCUUCCUCGUCGUCGCGCUCCUGUGCGUCGUCCUUCUGACUCUCAGCUUCCCCUCGGCGGAAUUCUCACCUUCCGAUUCAUUCCCAUCCGCGAAGAGUUUCAUCGGCCCGUUCAGCAGCAGCAGCAGCAGACCCAGCUAUCCCUUCUCUCCGCCUUUCCUGUCCCGCGGCGCCACGUCGACUCACACUCUUCCAGACAACUUCGAGGUUCUCGUAUGCGCACCCAACACCACACGCGCCAACGCAGCGACGCACGCAAAUGCCGAUCCGAACUUCCCACGACCAGUGCCAUGGGUUCCCCGGCCGGGGAAAUACCUGCUAGCGACGUGCGUGAGAGGGCGGCUGACGAACCGCCACGAGUGCCUGCACAAGUCGCUGCUCGUCGCGAUGCUUCUCAACCGCACGCUCAUCGUGCCGCCGCUCGACGUCUGCCCACACGCUUUCUUCUCCCACGGGCAGUACAAUCUCGCCAAUUCCGUCGAUCUGGAUCACCUCAGCGCGUGCUUUGGGGGGAGCGGGGGAGUCGGCACUCAAGGAGCAGCGGCGUCGGCGGCGGCGCCAGCAGCAGCAGCAGCAGCAGCAGCAGCAGCAGCAGCAGCAGCAGCAGCAGCAGCAGCAGAUAAAGGGGGAAUGGCGCCUGGCGUGGUCACGCUACAGCAGUACCUGGUAUCAAAUCAUAUCGUCAUGCUCAAGGUCGACCUGCUUGCCUGUGGCCUCUCGCCCGACCCUCCACCUGAAGCCUGCCCAGGCUUCUCCGCGUGCAACAACAACCCUAAGCUCAACCCUAUAGCCUUCCCAUCGAAUCAUUCCACCAUCGACCUCCCUGCCGGCCGGCUCGCAGACCUAGCCUCCCGCUUGCAUCAAGCCCUCCCUCAGGCUUCCAAUGCGUCUGUGCUGUGCCUGGGGGAUCUAAUUUACAUCGACAUGAGUGAAAUCCGACAGGAAGGGUCGUUUCUUUCUCGAGAUAUCCUUCCCACCGACUGUCCAUUCCCGCUCCGGCCGUCGCCCAAUGCGGUGGCUGCAGCUGCGUGGUUCAUGCAGGAAUACACAGGGCGGGACUUUGCUGCUCUGCAUCUGAGACGAGGGGACUAUUACCGGCGGUUUCAGUCGUCUCAGGGUGCCAAGGCGGAUUAUUUUCCCAUGGAAACUAUUGCAGAAUACAUCGCAGAGACUCUAGCUGCUGCUAACGCUGCCGCAGCAGGGGGUGGCGCUGCUGGUGCAGCUCUCCAAGUCAAUGCAACAGGCGCUCAGAGUACUAGCAGCAGCGCAUGGAACGUGGAGGCGAAGCUGCGCCAGCUCGCGGAACGAGCGGACGAGGAGGAUCGACGCACCCGUCGCCGGAAGCUUCUCGGCUACUUCCUCGUCGUCGCGCUCCUCUGCAUAGUCCUCUUCACUCUCAGCUUCCCCUCGGCAUUCUCCCCUUUCGAUUCAGUCACAUCCGCGCGAAGUCCCCGCUUCGCGUUCAGCAGCCUGCUGAGCAUCAGACCCAGCUAUCCCUCCUCUCGACCUUUCGUUUCCAGCGGCGCCGCGUCGACCCGCCACACUCUUCCCGACAACUCCGAGGUUCUCAUAUCAUGCGCACGCAACACCACACGCGCCAACAGCGCCGCGUCGCCGUACGCAGAAGCCGACCCGAGCUUCCCACGACCAGUGCCAUGGGCUCGCUGGCCGGGGAAAUACCUCCUAGCGACGUGCGUAAGAGGACGGCUAACGAAUCGCCAUGAGUGCCUGCACAAGUCGCUGCUGGUCGCCAUGCUUCUCAACCGCACGCUCAUCGUGCCGCCACUAGACGUCUGCCCGCGCAGUCGCUUCCACCAUGCGCAAUAUAACCUCGCCAAUUCCGUCGACCUGGAUCACCUCAGCGCGUGCUUCGGAGGGGCUGGGAAAAAAGGCAAACCAAGGGGAAUGGCGCCGGGUGCGGGGCCUGGCGUGGUCACGCUACAGCAAUACCUGGAAUCAAAUCACCUCACCAAGCUCACAGUCGAUCUGAUAGCAUGUGGCCUUGUCAAAGACCCUCCGCCCGAAAGCUGCCCAGGCUUCUCCGCGUGCAACAACCCUAAGCUCAUCCCCAUAGCCUUCCCAUCCGGUCAUUCCACCAUCGACCUCCCCGCUGGUCGUCUCGCAGAUCUCCCCUCCCGCUUGCACCAGGCCCUCCCUCAGGCUUCCAAUGCGUCUGUGCUGAGCCUGGGGGAUCUAUUUUACAUCGACACGAGUGAAAUCCGACAGGAAGGGUCGUUUCUUUCGCGGGAUAUUCUCCCCACCGACUGCCCAUUUCCACUCCGCCGACAAGUGCCGUGGCUGCAGCUGCGCGGUUCAUGCAGGAAUACACAGGGCCGGAUUUUGCUGCUCUUCACCUGA